CCUUAUACCAAUAUUAUUAUAUCUUAGCAUUGAGUAUAAUAAUAUAUUGUACAAUAAUAUGAUCUACACUUCGGUUACACUCAACCGGCUGAUAACAGAUUUUCUUACCGGCCGAACACCGUCCGUUAAAUUAACUAUACAUUUAUAGUAUACUUGUCCAUGAUUUAACCGGAGAUGGAAAUACUUGCAUGUGGCGCGUGGACAUCGCGCCCUUGUCCCGAAAUUGCAUGAAUAUAAGUGGUUACAUUAUGUAAAACAAGGCAACUGAUUAAUAAUAAUAUUAUAUAUUAAUCCCUGAACAAGGCCACACCGACUUGAACUUAGCGACGGUCAUCGUGCCGCCGAUUCGAGUCGUUACAAUCAAAAAAAUAUGAAUAUUACGUGAUGAUAAACGACAUUGCCUUUUGCGACAAUAUUUUACCGUGUGCGACUCACGAUCCGCGUUAUUACCAUCCUUUUUUUGAUUUACUUGUAUUUUUUUCAGUUCGUCUCACGAUUUAAGAUUGUUUUAACAUGUAUACAGUGGUUCAUGUUAAUACCUAAAUUAUCGAUAUGGAAGUGUAAUAAAUAUUAUUAUUGUGCAUAGCAGCUAUUAACAAUUAGUAAUUUACAUCGCAAAUUCGUGCGUUAAUGAAACCUCCAAAGAUGGAACAAAAGUCAGAACAAACUAUUGAGUUGGAAACCGAAGUUAUUUUAAGAGUGCCAUCGGAUGCUGCUAAUACGUUAAGAGAAAUAAUAAGAAAAAAUUCCGAUGAACUACUAAGUAUAAAAUUAGAGAAUGAUAUUCGCAGAGGUGAAGUUGUCAUUGGCAAUCAUCAUCUAUUUGCAAAGGUUGUUGACUUACCAACUAUCAUUGAAGGACAAAAAACAAUUGACAACAAGUCUGUAUAUAAAACUGCAGAUAUAUGUCAGAUGAUUAUAUGCAAAGAAAAUGAAGAAUUAUCUCUGUCUGACGAAGAUGUGGUAACAAACUAUUCAAAAAAAAAAGAACCUAAUAAAGUGGAUAAAAAAUAUUUGUGGCCACAUGGUGUAACGCCACCAUUGAAAAAUGUACGAAAACGAAGAUUUCGUAAAACCCUUAUAAAACAAUCUACUGACGGUCCAGAAAUUGAAAAAGAGGUAAAAUAUCUUUUAAAAAGUGAUAGUGAAGCUCUUAGUGUAAAAUGGGAACUAGUAUCCGAAACAGAGAUUCAAAACAAUAGAAAAAGUAAAGAAGAACCUUUUAUGCAAGGUGAAAUGCAUAAUAAUCUAAAGCAAGACAUUGCCGAAAGAGAUAUUUUUGGUGAAGCUCUAAGUGAUUCAGAUGAAGAAGUUGGUCAUAUAAAUAUAAUGGAUAUGGAUGAUGAUAUGAGUAAUGACAAUAGCCGUUUGUCUGAUACUAAUUCAUUAAUGGAGGAAAAACCUUCAAUUUCUGGAAACAAGAACCUUAUUACAGAGUUUACUAAAGAAAUGUUUAUUUCUGAUGAUGAUUCCAACCAUGGAAUAAAAAAAGAAGGAGGAAUAAUUUCCACAUUUGAUGAAAGUAUGAGUUAUAGAUAUGAUGAAGGUGUGGAUUUUAAGUCUGAAUUAGAACUUAGCGAUGAUAAUGAACUUGGUGAUACACCAGUUUUAUCAACAUUAAAAGCUGGAAAUGUGUCUGCUAAUGACGUAAAACAUAAAAUUGAUCAGUUGCAACAAGAAAUUAAAGUACUUAAAGAACGUAAAUCACAACAAGAUUGGGAAAUUGCCAAUAUUGAAAAUAUAAAUUUAAGAGAACGUUUUAUACGUUUAUCUAAUAAUUUAUUUACUGAGCAACUAGAAAAAGAACAACAGAUUCGAGAACUUCAAUCAUUUCAUCUUUAAUUCAGAUUGUAAUAUUAUUUGAAGACUGGUUUUUAAUGUUUUAAAUAAUCAUUUUAUAAUAAGUUAAUAUAAUAUAAUAUAAGAUAAGUUCAAUUCAAAUCCUUAUUUAUCAAUAAGUAUAUAAAUAAUCAAGUGUCCAUUAUGUAUAUUGAUAUUUUGUUUAAACUGAACUAAACAAUUGUAAAUACAUAUUCAGAAAAUCACUUUUUUUUUAUAUACUUGUAUACAUUUGAUCAAUAAUCAAUUAAUUAUGUAUGAUUUUAAAUUUACUAAUAGCAUAGCAGAUAAAGAAAAUGUAAUUUUUGUAUCUUUUGAAGUAUCAAGCAUUUUCAUAGUUAUAUUCAGUUUAUUAAUUUAAUCACAAGGUAUAAUAUUACUUUUUAAAUAUUUAUUACUUAUAAGUAAAGUUAUAACUUUAUAAGGUUGACAUAACUCUACUGGAAAACAUUGUGACACACCUUAUAAUAUUAUCCCUAUUGUUAUAUUUAGUUUGUAAUUUGUAUGUUAUAGACAUACAGAUUUUUUUUAAUCAAAGUAUUGAUAAGGUUGUAUAAUAUAAAGUUAUCAGUUGGAUAUUUUGUGAAAGCGGUUAGCAGAAUAGUUUUUUUUUAUGUAUCUUUUAAUUGAG